GUGUGUGUGAGGGAGAGAGAGAGAGGAGAGAGAGGGAGAGAGGGGGGGAGGAACAGGGUUCAGGAUGGAAGCGAUGGCUCUCUAUUCGUUCCGAGCCACGGAGGGUGAUGAGCUCAGUUUCAACAAGGGAGACGUACUGAAGAUUAUCAACAUGGAGGAUGAUCCUAACUGGUACACAGCGGAGCUCAACAACAAGAAAGGAUAUGUUCCCAAAAACUACAUUAACCUCAAACCACACGCGUGGUUCGCUGGCCGUAUAUCCAGGGGGGUCUCAGAGGGCAGAUUGAGACAGAGAGACCGAGGAGCGUUCCUCGUCAGAGAGAGUGAGAGCGCUCCAGGGGAAUUCUCCAUGUCCGUCAGUUAUGGGGACCAUGUGCAGCACUUCAAGGUGCUCCAGGACAGGUCAGGACAGUACUUUGUUUGGGAGGAGAUGUUCUUCUCUCUGAACCAGAUGGUGGAGUUCUAUCAUAGCAACAGCAUCGCCAAGGAGGGAAUCGUCGUCCUACGAGACCCAGAACAAUCUCCCCACCACGCCCACGCUCUGUUUGACUACCCCCACCACCCCUCCCAGCUACGCUUCCUCCGCGGUGAUAUCAUCGACCUGCUCGACUGUUCCGAUUCGCUGCGCUGGAGAGGCCGUUGUCAUGGACGCGUCGGAUUCUUCCCCCCGGAGUAUGUCCAGGCCGUCUACCAAUGACCCCGC